AUGCAGCGUCAGCGAAAGAACCCUUAUACUGCUGCUGCACUCUUGGCGAAUGAGAAACGAAAAAAUGGUGCUUUCUGUUUGAAACAACAUGCCCACAAAGACAGUCCAGGAGUAAGGGAUCAAAAAACACGUAAGACUUUAGCACGUAAGUUUGGCAGAUGUUUUAAAUGCUUAGAUAAAGGUCAUAUACAUGUAGGGCUAAUACUUGUAGCGUAUCAACCAAGUGUAAGAAUUGCAAUGACACAUCAGGUUACCCUGUGUGAUAAUGACAACAAGGAAACUAUGCAUGAGGAAAUAAGUAAAGAUAUAACUAAACAAGACCCUUAAAUUUAUGUAUCUAAUCCUACCAAUUUGCAUGUAGGAAUUGGUGGCCUGGUCGCCUUGCAAACUGCGCGCGGGGGGGAGAAAGGGAGGCUAAGGUACGGGUACUGUUUGACGCGGGAAGUCAUCGCUACUUUGUGACUUUGAAAGCAGCUAGUCUCGUUAAUCCCAAGGGUUUAAGACGGGAAUUGUUAGGCAUAAAUACGUUCGGUCAGAAAUGUACCAGGUCCGAACAAAGGGAUGUGGUCGAAUUAAAGCUUAAAGCUCUUUAUCGUUUGGCGAUAAAUUUCAUAUUUUUUCAUUCAAUUGCUUCCGAUGUAAAUAUCUCAACGAGUAUUUACCCCCCUUUAAAACGGAAACCACCGUUGAAAUCCUCAUAAAAUAACCUUUCGAACGGGGGGUCAAAUGCCGUCAUAACAUUACACAAACCAAAAAUUUUACUCACCGCUUGGCCAAAUAUUUUGUAUUUCAUAUCCAGAAAAUCUUGAAUAUCUCUUGAAUUCCUCGGAAUUCCCCACAAGUCAAUCUGAAUGAAAUACUCCUUGUAUUCAAGCGCUUUCGUGUGGAAAAUUUCGUUUGAAUACGGCCAGUAGAAAUAUAUUUAUUUUAAAUUUUUCAAAACAUUGGGUUUUUACUCACACACGCCCGCCACACGCUAAAAUUGGCCAAUAAGGAGCACCCGUAGCCGAUGCACGUGCAAAUCACACUGCAGGUGUAAUUUGACCUUUAGAAUCGAUUCCGACGAUUCGAUCGAUUCCAUGGGAUUUAAACAACGCAAUGUUUUGGCAGAUCUAAAGUGUAUUUCCGGUCGAACAGCCGUCCAAAGCUUCCACUUGCCAGGAAAUUUCCUGGCAAAAGGAAAUAUUGGGCUCUGCACUUAACAACGUCCGAUUUCAACGAUGCCUCACUCCAGCAUGUGCAAUACUUAAUCUAGAUCUGAUCACAUUCCCUGAUGCAUCCCGAAAGGCCUUUGGAUCGUGUACCUAUGUUAGGUGGAAAUUGAUGGUUCCUACUUAUGCCCUAACGAUAUCCUACCUGGUAGAGCAACCAGUACAAUCCCACAAGAUCCAUUCCGACAGAUGGAAAACCCACGCCAUAGAUUUGAAUUUUGCCAACGAAUUGUCGAGGAAAAAGUGGUCGAGAGACGUACUACCACAACUGGUUCCAAGAAAAAAGUGGAAUACUGAAUCGCGAAACGUUAAAGUGAUUGACUGCGGGGUAUUGGCGGAUCCAAACACACUAAGAGGUAAAUGGGAAACUGGAAGAGUAAUAGUCCAAGUCUUUCCGGGACAAUUUGGAUUGGUAAGAAAUGUGAUGAUGAAGUUACGGGAGGUACUUAUUCACGUCCUAUAAGCAAGGUUGCGGUUAUAUACUCAGUUGAAGGCUACGAAGACGAUUGAAGGAAGAAAUGGGAAUUCUCCCAUUGCCGGGUGGAAUGUUACGUUGAUUUGACUAAAAUCACAUGACGUACGUGGAAUAUGUGUUGUCGCCCGCGAUGAACAGAAAAAAAAGCGCGCGAAUUGAAGAAGCCACUUGGCGUUGAACGUUUAAAGUACGUUGAAAGUAAUGUAAAAGAAACGCUAAAUAUUAAUGUUUUAAGCCGUGAGAAUUUAAGUUUGGUUUAUGGGUUAUAAAGUUUAUCGAAGUGACAGUGGUUUGGACAAAGGUAAAUGUGAAGAAGUGUAUUCUGUAACCUAAAAUAUUACACUUAUAAUGUAAACAUAGUCGUAAUUUUCUUUGUUUUCUUUCUUUAUCUUAUAUAGCUUCAGAUUAUAUACUUUAUGCAGAUUUGUUCGUAUAAUUAAAUAAUAAGGAAACCAAACCGUUGUUGUUGUUGUUGUCUAUUGUCGCCUACGCCAUCGGUCCAAUACACGUGGCACGUGCGUGCGAGUAAAAAUCCGAUAUAUUGAAAAAUUUUAAAUAAAUAUUUCUACUCUGUGGCGUAUGUAAACGACACUUUGUAUAUGAAAGCGCUUGAAUACAAGACGUAUUUUACUCACAUUGACUAUGAGAAAAUUCCGAAAAGUUUAGAAGAUAUUCAAGUUUUUUCUCGAUUUGAAAAUGAAAUAAAGAAUGUUUGGCCAAGCGGUGAGUAAAUAUGUGAUUGUUUUGGUUUGUUUAAUGUUUUGACGGCAUUUGAACCCCGCCCCCAGGAUCCAAUGGCGCUUUUCGAUUUGAAGGGGGGAAAUACUCGGUGCCGUGCUCGGUGCGAUAUUUACAAUUAGAAACAAAAUAAAAAUCGUAAAAAUGUAAAAUUUUGAAUUGAGGCGUGACGAGAAAUUAACCCAUUUACUGGCAGUACUCUACCCACUGACGAGUUCAAUUGUCUGGCGUUGAUAGACAGUAAAUUAAAUACUAAAGUAGGAUGCAUUGCCAGCUAAUGGGCUAAUAACAGACAUUGUAACUUAAGAUAUGUACCUUUUAUCUUAAGACGAUUAAAAGAUUGAUUGAUUGAUUGGCAGAUGUGUUUGUUAACCUAUUUACUAUGAGGUCAUUGUGUCAAAAGUAAACUUCCCUUUAGAGAAUUGUCUAGAAGUAUAAACUUUUGCAUUCAGUUCAUGUGCCAAAAAGGCAGCACUUUCCUUGCGAUAGUAACUCCUAGUGAUUGAUUUGCACCAUAGGCUCCCGAAAAGGUGACUUUUAUUUUUUUAAAAAAAUCCAUACAAUUGUAUUCUUGUCUAUUGCACCAUAGGACGUAUGUCGUCAUUUUCAGGUCAGUGUGAACGCCUGAGCAGGCGUCUUGUUUUUUUAGAAAAAAAUUUGUAACUUUCUGAAAUCGUAUUUUCGUGCAUUUUAAUUAUAUUUUACUAUAUAUUUUCAACUUAACUGAAAAUUUAGCUAAAUAUAGUCAAGUGGCAAAACUGGAAAAUAUCGGUGUAUACAAUUUAAUACACUUCUUUAAUAUGAUCUUUCACUUGUAAUUGCGUAAGGUCAACAAUUGUUGUAGUGUACUAUUGAAUACCAAGAUUCUGUUGGCAUCUCAGUGAUCUCACUCAAUUGAAUAAUAAUUGAAGGGUCUUGUAGAUGGCAAUUAUCGAGUGGAAAUUUAUAUACAUUUAUUAAACCUAACCAGGAACAGUUGCGAAAAAUGCAACUAUGGCCCUGCGAUUCUGGUGCAGCGCUCUAACGAACUCGGAUUCUAUUGUGGUGCAGUGCUGUAUUAUAACGAUAACAGUGCAGUGCUGUAACGUCGUUUACACAAUAAAGCUACGCCUAGCAUUCUGUUAUCUAUGAUGGUGUUACCGGUAUCAACUACAGACCACAAACCACUACGCGGCUACGGUAUUAAUAAAAUUGCUGUAAGCGUAAUGUAGGGUAUAAACCGCGGCCAAAUAUCUACAUACACUGAUACACUAAUUGUAAGUCUAAAUUGGUAUAUAUAUAUAUUUUUUAUCUCGAUAUAAGUGCUCCUGUUUCAAUGCAUCAAGCAGAUGAUCAUUAACGACUCAUGAAUUGGUAGUAAAUAAUACGCUCAUACUUUAUAUCGCAGAAAGAUGCUAGAAAAGACAUACAACUCUAACUGCUGCCUUCUUCUGCCAAUCAGAAACCAGGAUUUCUUGUAUUAAAUAUUGUAGCAGCUCAAGCCUUCGGCAGAUAGCAGGAGUGACACACAAGUCGCGUGCAAAUCAAUAUAUUACCCGGAAAUGAGUUGUUGCAGAGUUGCACGCUAAUGAAAAUAAUUUGCUUUCCUUUUUAUCAUGAAGUUCUACAAAAGUUAAUUUAACUAAGAAACUUUCGCAUACAAUGCAUGGAAAAGGCUUGAACAACAUGAACAAAGUCUAUAUUAAUGCACCUAUCAAUGUUAGGCCAGCGGGGGGGGGCAACAAGGGGGUGGGAAUUGACAUUCAAACAAAGUUUUGUGUGAAAUUCCCUUCCUCAGGGAUUCAAGUGCUGGUCAAAUCUAUGGUACCCAGGGGCAACUAAAACUGUUUUAAAGAGAUUUCUCAAACUGAAUAAUUCAUAAAGGAAGUAUAUUAAAUCUGUAUUCAGUCAUAGGAAGAAAAUGGCCAUUUUUCGCCAAAUUUAUUCUCGAUUUUCUUUUGAAGCAUGGAUUCGUUUGAGAAGGCAUAUCCAACAAUUGCAAAAGUUCUUCCUUUGAUUUCUAAAUUUGGACAGUCUCACGUCAUGUAUUUAACCUGCUUGUCUGUAUUUAGAUAUCGGAGAGAAACACUUGUUCAUGUUGAAUAUAUUACAUGAAACAUUCAAAUAAUACAAUUUAAUUUUUGAAACAACUUGUUUAUUAAAGAACAAAGUAUUCACAUCUCAACAAAUAAAUGUUCAUACAAUACAAGACUAAAAAAGUUUCAUUUGUGAUGAAUGUUAAAAAGCCAUUCACGGAUAUUAAAAUAAGAAAAAUCAACACUUUAUACCGUAUUCAGUAUUCACCGCCAUUUUCCAGAACUGACGGCACGUAAUUUGGUGACAAAAUUCAUCCCAGAUGUACUUGAGAUCCCACUGUGUCACUGUUCAUUAUAUAUGCAAAAUGACAAAAAAAAUUAAAAUUUGUCACAGGGCUUGAAAUAACAGCCGAUUAUUUCAAGCCCUUUUGACAAGUACCUUUGCCUCCGGGACUGUACUGAUCAUCAAACUCACCGGAUAUACUUUCUCGUCAAAUCCCGCCACCCUUGCCCCCCCCCCCGGCCUAACAUUGAUAGCUGCAUAAUUCAAAGUCAUACAUAAACAAAUGAAACAAACUUGCCCUACACUUUUAGAUUUCUGAUACUAAAUCAAUUCUUAUAAAUGUUUACGUUAUUUGAAAAAAAAAGUUUUACAAUUUAUUAUGUGAAACGAUUUUCCAAGCUUUCUUACAUGUAUUUUUUAUUUUUGCCUUCUUCACUCCUGGCAUAUUUUGAGAUCAGUGAGAUGACCACCCAUCCAACACCGAACCACGCACGGUAACCCACGCCCGCGAUCAAUUAAUGCUUCCGUUUCCCCGGGUGUAAAUAGCCGGGCGGAGUUAGUACCGUCGCCCGGGCUAAGGCCCGGAACGGCGCUCCGCGCCGUUGGCUCGGGGAUAAAUUUCAUACAAUUAAAUUAAAAUCUUUGUCCAAAGGCACUGAUUUUUAUUUUUAGUAGCUCGUAUAUGAAACGCCGAACAUGCAUGCAUGGGGCCUGCCAUUCUCUCUGAAAAAUUUAAAAUCUUUUCGGAGUUACCAUAAAUACCGACACCAUUAUUUUGAACUUUAAUCAGAUAGUAUUUUAAAGAUUUUAUUCAGUGCAUUCACUUCAUCUAUAAGUUGUAUAGUUUCCUAAUUUCUAUUUCUAAUAUGUUUGAGGGCGCAAGAAUUUGUCAGCUAGUUAGUAUUAUUAUUGUUCUUGUUUUACAGAACAGUCAGCAAGAUUUCAUCACGAAAGACAACGUCGGCAAUCUCGAGAGCAACCUUCUGGCAAAUGUAGCUCCCAACGCUAUUGCACUGGGAAUGAGACUAUAUUUCGAGAUAAGAAUGAAAAUUAUUGCUCCUGUGACGAAGCUUGCUUUAAUAUUUUCUCCGAUUGCUGCCCAGACUAUGAAAGGCACUGCGGCCUGCAGGAAAAGCUGGAACCUGAACAACCAGCAUCGAUGUGGAAAUGUGUCGAAUUCAGUUGGUCUCCUACUUGGCCAUGUAAAAUUGAAGGAGUGACUGGAGUUUGGAUGAUUUACAAAUGCCCAGAACACCGAACUUUUGACGAAUUGAGAACAAAAUGUGAAAAUGGCCCAUCGGAAUUCUCGUACCCCAUAGAGGAUUUUAUUCCGGUCGUUGGAGUAAAUGGCGAAACCUUCCGGAAUAAGUACUGUGCUUUGUGCAAUGGAGUGGAAAAUUACACCAUGUGGAAUGUUGGUGUUUUCACGUACGUUAUACCUCCUGAAGAAUUCGACCUGGAUAUGAAGCUGAAGUUUAUCGAAAACAACGGGGGGACGAUUGAGCAUGUUUCACCACGGGGCGAGCAACCUCGAAGAUUUUGUUUUGGAAGAAAUUAUUUGGAUAACUGUAGUUCUGCAGACCCUAGAUUGUACAAGGCUUGCGUUGAAGGUCCGAUUGAAGUAGUCACAACUACAAGAAAUAAAUAUCUUUACUUUAAGAAUUUCGCAUGUGCGUUAUGUAAUGUGCAUCGUGACGCCGUCGAGUGGAAGACAGCUCAAGUAUGCAGCCCCAUACUGCCUGAAGGAUUUUCCGCCGUCUUUAACUUGGAGGGUAAAAAGACAACCACUAAUGUAGUGAGGAAGUUUUGUCCUUCUGGUACGGUUUACGAUCCUACCUUAAAGUUCUGUCGUAAAGGGUAUAUUAUUACUUCUAGCGGUGAACUAACCAACGAGUUUUUGAUACUGCUAUGGUUUAAGCAGUCUAAAGCCCGAAGCGUUACAGAAAUAAAUUCCAAGCUUGAAAAUGUCUUCAACUUAGCGUUGUCCUCCCACUUCUCGAUUCUAAGUAACCAAAUUUCACGAAUGACUUUCCAACAGCAAGACGAGAGAAACGCUUUACUCGUUGUUUCAUUUCGUUUAACAUUGACCCCAUUUCAAACCCUUAUAAUGGCCAACCAAAACAAAACCAGCUUAAAUGCUACACACGAAAACACUGCGUUCUUACUACUUUUAGACUCUAAAGGAAAUCUUACCCUAUUUUGGAAAAAUUUUACUUUCGUUGUGGUUAAAGUGAUUUCUGAACGACUUUCAUGCUAUGGGGAAGAAAAACUUCAAUCAAAUGAAUACGAAAUUAAUAGGGAAAAUGGAACUCUUGUUGUCAAUAGAACGGGACAAGUAUUUUUACUUCAAGAUUAUACUUUAUUUGAAGAAAAUGGCGGAAACAUUACUUUAUGCCUUAAACUGGUCCUUUCAAAUUGCGAAGGCGCAUACGUGCCUUUAAGUCCAGACGAAUACGAGAUUUUCCCAAUUUGACAGUUUUUUACCGCGCAACAGGGGCAUUUAUCAACUUCGGGGAAUAUCUUAUUGAAGAAACUUUGAACAAAGACCAAAGUAGCACCUCAGCCUUGAUCUUAUCAAAUAACGUAACGAUAUCUGUAUGUUUGCCACUUGGGAAUAACUACACCGAAACUAAAACAGAUUAUAGCAAAACAAAGAUAAGCGAUGGGUUACGAAUUCUGACAUUAAUUGGUUUCAGCGUUUCCAUAAUCUGUCUGACUCUACUUUUGAUAACUUAUGGAUUGUUUCAAGAAUUGAGAACCGUUCCUGGAUUGAAUUUGAUGAACUUAAGCUUUUCAAUGUUACUGUCACAUCUUAUAUGGUUGAUAGGCACGACUCAUUUUAUUGGGACAGGAACAUGUAAAGUUUUGGCAAUUUUUGAACACUAUCUUUUCCAAGUUUCUUUUCUAGCCAUGUCUGUCAUAUCCUUUCAUUCUUGUCGUGCUUUUUCACGGCCUAUGGUUGGACGAAUCGCUAACAAACCUUGGCGGAGGUUUAUCAAAUAUUCAGCAUUCGUGUGGCUCACUCCUGCCAUUUUGGUCGCAAUGUGCGUCAUCUUGGACGAAACUGAGGCGUUCUCAGUAGAUUAUGGAACAAGCUGUUGGUUGGGAACUAAAAAUGCUAAGCUGUAUUUAUUCUUAUUACCCUUCGCUAUAUUACUUCUUUACAACAUCUGCACCUUCUCCCAGACAGCAGUCAGUUUAUCACGUCACGAGAAGAACAGGAGGACCUUACAACUUAAAGAAGGAAAGCAAAAUCUUCUCAUCUGCACAAAACUUGCAUCGUUGGUUGGAUUCCCUUGGUUGUUUGCGUUCUUUGGCGUGCUGUUUCCUGAUGUAGAAGCAUUCGAAUAUUUGUUUGUUGUUUUUGUUUGCUUACAAGGAUUGUACAUUGCAAUGGCGUUUCUAUUCAAUAAGAAAACGCUGAAAUUUUAUAAGGAUCGGUUCAACAUCCGCAUCAUUGGAAAUACAUCUUUCAAUACCACACCAACUUUCCAAAUGACAUAAUGAAAUGGUAGUAUCGAAGUCCAGUUAGCUGCAACUGUCAACUAUAGUCUGUUUGUUUGAAUGCUGUAAGGCUGAGCAAUAGUUGGUUAUACCUUCAUGUUUCGCACACGAGAGAGUUAAGUUUACAUUGGGUGAAGAUCAAAGAUAAAUUAUUCGUGCGCGAAACAUGAACAUGUCACCCCAUUGUCUACAUCGAAACGGAAAUCGAGAAAGAAUAUUGGCGUUGGAGCCGAUCGGAUUAUACUAUAGUAUUGUAUUGUACUAAGUCAUAUAGUAUAGUGUUGUACUAAGUCAUGCGUAUACGCAUGAUCGCACAUACCAAAACUGUCCGCGCGUAAACAAUCCAGUCGAAGACUGAGUAGUAGCCUUAAUUUAAAUGUAUUUUAUUUAACUUACAUUUAUUGCCACUGAUUUUUGGGAGACCUACGGUUUGAUUAAGGGCAUGAGGUAACGAUAAUUAUCACACAAAAUCAUGCAUAAGCUAUAGUGGUAUUUAAAAAUUAUCUUGAUAUUUAAAAAUAAACUUAGCCUGCGCAGCAGCUGGUUUUUGUGUACGAUUUGCGGGCCGGAAGAUCAAGGCGGCUAUAGCUCCACGGAAGUAAACGUGCAUGGGGGCUAAUACCCCCCACGAGCAGUGGCGUGCUGGGUACUAUUUUUCUGGAGGGGCCAGUGGGCUGUCAGCCAAUAUGCGCCCCUAUAAUGUUACACUUGAUAAACGAGGGCCGAGUGCCGCAGGUGCAAGGUUUGUCUAGGGGGGUCCGGGGGCAUGCCCCCCAGGAAAAUUUUUGAAUUUAGAGUUUCUGAAACGCCAUUUCCUGGACUUUGGGGGAAGAUUUGACAGAAAUCUGAUGGUCAGGAAACGGCAUUCUAACUUGUCGAAAUUUGCAAUUUGGUUAGAAUUUAGUAGUAGUACUUAAAUUAUGCAAUGCUAACUACUUCCAGCGAUUAAUUUAAUCCCAAUUCUGUUCUCUACUGAUCUACUGUUCUGAGCACAUUUACAACUUAAAGCUCUUUUAUACAAUAACACACGCACCCCACGCAUAUGCAUUUUAAGGUUUCUUUGCCUGGCUGCCC